UCAGCCAGAAUGGUUAACAAGUCGGGUCGAUUUCUGCUGCUGGCAGUAGCCAUUGUUGCGAUUGUAAAUGGCUCACAGGGUGCAAAUAUUCUGGGUCUCUUCCCCAGUCUGAGUCCCUCGCACUUGAUCAUCCAAAUGUCGGCAGCUAAGGCUCUGGCGGAGAGGGGUCACAAUGUGACGGUGGUCACGACUCUGAAGCCCGUGGUGAACCAUAAGAAUAUUAAUAUGGUCCAAGUGCCCAUUAGCAAGGAGGAGGCCCAGCAAAUGAGCGACACCAUCGGAGCGAUGACCAAGAGCGACAACAGCAACAUGGCCCUAUCGCUGCUCCGAAUGAUGGGACAGAUGGACUUCAUGUUCAGAAAGAAUGCGGAAACCCUGAUGGACGACCGAGUCAAGGAGCUGUACUUGAAUAAGGAUAACAAAUUCGACCUGGUUCUCUCCGGAUACUUCAUGAACGAUUUCCAGCUUGGAUUUGCCAGGAAAGUGAACGCUCCUGUCAUCGUUUUGGCCACAAUGCCACCCAAUCAAAUGUUGAACCCACUAAUCGGAAAUCCUCUGGAGGUGGCCUACGUGCCAUCAAUAAACGAUUCCGUGGAAAAGGGCAAGGCUCUGACCUUCCGCCAGCGUUUGACCGGCUACCUUACCAGCACAUCCUUUGGCCUAUUUCAAUACCUCACCGAACGGCGGAAUCGGAAAUUAUUCAAGGAAAUUUUCGGUGACGAUCCUACCAUUCCGGAAUACUCCGAAAUGCUCAAAAACACGUCACUGAUAUUCUUCGCAUCCCACGCAGCCAGUGAGGGACCCAUUCGACCCAAUGUACCUGGUGCCAUAGAAAUCGGAGGCAUUCAAAUUAAGGAUAAGCCGGAUCCGCUGCCCCGAAAUAUGGCAGAGUUCCUGGGCAAUGCCACUGAUGGAGCAAUUCUCCUCUCCUUGGGUUCCAAUGUGAAGGGAAGCCACCUUAAACCCGACACGGUUGUCAAGAUGUUCAACGUCCUCUCGAAACUAAAGCAAAGGGUCAUCUGGAAGUGGGAAGAUCUGGAGAAGACCCCCGGCAAGUCGGACAACAUUCUCUAUUCCAAGUGGCUGCCACAGGACGACAUCCUGGCCCACCCUAAAAUCAAGCUGUUCAUCAAUCACGCCGGCAAAGGAGGAAUAACUGAGGCCCAGUAUCAUGGAAAGCCGAUGCUUUCGUUGCCCGUGUUUGCCGAUCAACCCGGAAAUGCUGAAGCUAUGGUCAAAAAGGGUUUUGGCCUCACCUUGAGCCUGCUUACCCUGGAGGAGCAGCCUUUCCAAGAGGCCAUCCUAGAGAUCUUGUCAAAUCCGCAGUAUGCCCAAAAGGUGGCCUCAUUCUCCUCCCUCUACCGCGAUCGCCCAAUGACCGCUAGGGAGUCGGUGAUCUACUGGACGGAGUACGUCAUCCGGCAUCAUGGAGCUGCCCAUCUACAGAGUCCUUUGGUCCACAUGAACUUCAUAGCCGCCAAUAACAUCGAUCUCUACGCUUUAUUCGCCGGAAUACUAGUAAUUCUUGUAUUGAUUUUGAGGGCUCUAGUGAAAAUUAUUCACAGAAGGUUCUUUUCAAAGUCAAAGAAGGAGAAACGAUCCACCGAAAUGGUUCAGAAGCCGGUUCGAUUUUUGCUGCUGGCAAUAGCCAUCGCUGCUUUUAUGGGUGGCUCCCAGGGUGCAAAUAUUCUGGGCCUCUUCCCCAGUCUGAGUCCCUCGCACGUCAUCAUCCAAAUGUCGGCGGCCAAGGUUCUGGCGGAGAAGGGACACAAUGUGACUGUGGUCACGGUCCUAAAACCAGUGGUUACCCACAACAACAUAAAAGUGAUCCAGGUACCGCUUACCAAAGAGGAGUCCCAGCUGAUGAGCGACACCAUUGGCGAGAUGUCCAAAAGCGACAAUAGCAACAUGAUACUGUCCCUGAUCCGAAUGUCGGGACAAAUGGACUUUAUGUACAACAAGAUGGCAGCAGCCCUUAAGGACGAUCGUGUGCGUCAACUGUAUCUGAAUAAGGACAAUAAAUUCGACCUGGUUUUCUCCGGAUACUUCAUGAACGAUUUCCAGCUGGGAUUCGCCAAGAAGGUUAACGCGCCUGUCAUCGUCGUCGCCUCAAUGCCACCCAAUCAAAUGUUAAACCCCCUGAUCGGAAAUCCUCUGGAAGUUGCCUAUGUACCUUCGAUGAAUGAUUCCGUGGAGAAGGGCAAAGCCAUGUCCUUCCGGCAGCGUUUGACUGGCUAUCUAACUAGCACCUUCUUCGAACUGUUUAAUUACCUAUGCGAAAGGCGUAAUAUAAAUUUGUACAAGGAUAUUUUCGGUAACGAUCCCACGCUGCCAGAGUACUCGGAAUUGCUCAAGAACACCUCGUUGGUAUUCUUUGCAUCCCACGCGCUGAGCGAAGGGCCCAUUCGACCCAAUGUCCCGGCUGCAAUAGAGAUCGGAGGUAUUCAGGUUAAAGACACUCCUGAUCCUCUGCCCCAAAAUAUGGCAGAGUUCUUGGGAAAUGCCACAGAUGGUGCGAUUCUCCUCUCUCUGGGAUCCAAUGUUAAGGGAAGCCACCUUAAACCCGACACGGUUGUCAAGAUGUUUAAUGUUCUCUCGAAACUGAAGCAAAGGGUCAUCUGGAAGUGGGAAGAUCUGGAGAAGACCCCCGGAAAGUCGGACAACAUACUGUAUUCCAAGUGGCUGCCACAGGACGACAUCCUGGCCCACCCUAAAAUCAAGCUUUUUAUUAAUCACGCUGGAAAAGGUGGAAUUACUGAGGCCCAGUAUCAUGGAAAGCCGAUGCUUUCGUUGCCCGUAUUCGGAGAUCAGCCCGGGAAUGCUGACGCCAUGGUCGAAAAGGGCUUUGGUCUGACUCUGAGCCUUCUUACUCUCGAGGAGCAGCCUUUCCAAGAGGCCAUCCUAGAGAUCUUGUCGAAUCCGCAGUAUGCCCAGAAGGUGGCCUCGUUCUCCUCCCUCUACCGCGAUCGCCCAAUGACCGCUAGGGAGUCGGUGAUCUACUGGUCGGAGUAUGUCAUCCGUCACCAUGGAGCUGCCCAUCUUCAGAGUCCUUUGGUCCACAUGAACUUCAUAGCCGCCAAUAACAUCGAUAUCUAUAUCUUUUUCGUAGUUAUCCUACUUACACUUGUAUUGCUUCUAAAGCUUCUGGUGCAAUUCAUUUACAGAAAGCUCGUAUCAAAGCCAAAGAAGGAGAAAAAACACUAAAUAUUUUAAAUAUGCUUGCCAUAAACUUUAGCAAGCGUCUAUGAA